CUCGCCAAGAACGGGACCCCGCAAAGUCUAUUCUGAAUCACGCACGAUGCCAAAAUCUCGCCGCGAUUCGGCCGACUCGUCGCCGUUAGGCAGAUUAAUGGCGGCCAUUUGUCUUGCCGUGGCCAGUUUCGGCACCCCGACAGUUUGGGCGGCCAUCGACGUGCCAACGAACUGUAUCCAGCACGAGGUCAUCUCCGGCUCGUACGAUCAGUACUUUGAGCUGGACGCCAUCGGGAACCAGCGGACGGAGGAUGCCCCGGUCGACCUGGUCAUGUACAUCGCCGUGCAGAACAUGGAGGAGGAGAUCGCGUUCCUGCUGUCCCACCAGGAUCGCUCGUUCGAGUAUCCGGACUUUGCCCGGACGUACGAGGUCCGCGUGGGCAACGUGUACACCGUGAUCUACCGGGAAACACUCAAGAUGAAGGCGUAUCACAGCGCCACCAACAAACUCUUCCCCGGUGAUCAGUUCAAAAUCCACUUCCGCAUCCUAAAACAGGGCAACGUGACCAUCACCCUGGACGACAACACCAAGAAGCCACUGUUGAACGUGUUUGACGAGGCGGGACCGCUGGACGUGCGGUACAUCAGCUUCGCUUCGAGGAUGAACGCGUACCCGAUUGUGUUUCACUUUGCGUGCAACCAGGAGGUGUCCAGUACGGAGCCGGGACCGCGGUCGGAAGCGCUGUCCGGGUGUCCGGUGUGUCCGAAGCAAAAGUGUGAGGUUAUCGUGAGGGCGUGCACGGAUAACAGUAAGGACGGGGCGGCGACUGAUCCGGCCAAGCAGCGGUACUACUUUAACUUUAAUAUGUACUUGAGCAAGAAUAAGGGGAAGGCGGUGGAGGAGAAUUUGCUGGUUUAGGAUGAAGUUUCUGGAAGUUUCGACUUCACCGAUUAGGGUACCUUAUGAAAUGCAAUUUUAAAUAAAAUAAAAAACUCAGUUUUAU